AUGGCAACAGAGGUAACAUCUGAAAAGAAGUUGCCAAAACAUCUCAUCGUUGGCUUGAUAAGCCUUUGUCUUAUGAUCAGAUGCACUGGUGGUAAUGAGAGGUGUGGGGCCUCCAUUAGAGGGGCGUGUCCUCCUGCUUGGAUCCAGUGGGGUGACAAAUGCUACCAAAAAUAUAGCAAGAAUCUACCAUGGGCUGAGGCAAAUCAGGAGUGCAUCAAGAUGGGAAGUGUCUUGGUCAUGCCACAGUCUCAGGAGGAAACUGACUUCCUUCUGAAGAACCUGAUCUCCUACUUUUGGAUCAACUGUAGUGAUCAGCAAGUUGAAGGUACAUGGGUGUGUCUUGAUGGCACUACUGAUGUGGAGUACAGAAACUGGAGGGUUGCUGAACCUAAUAAUAGCGGGGGAGGAGAAGAUUGUGCAGCAACAGGAGAAUCUGGUUGGAAUGAUAUAUCAUGUGACGGUCUCAAUCCCGUCAUUUGCAAACGACCUGCACCACAGCUGCACUUUUAAGUGCCAACAAAAACAUUGACUGCUAAUCUUUGUUUACUUUUAUGGUAAAUAACAUCUCUCAAAAGGUACAGUAGUACUGUCAAUAUCAAAUUGAACAAUCUGGACAGUCACAAAUUUUGGACAAACAAUUUUAGAAGACGAAAAACAAUUAAAAAAUAUAAUUUAAAAAAAUGUUGAGGCAUGAGGUACUCCUUAUAGAAUACUUAGUUCUAAACAUAUAUCUUUAUUGUAUAGUUUGUGCUUGUUGCAAAAUAGUUUCACUUAAUUUUCUUUUUUUUUAUUCAUAGAGAACGUAUUGUGAGUAUAUGCAUUGGAACUACUUGGACAAUCACAAAAAUUCUGUCGCCAAAUUUGACAGGAUGAAAAAACAAUUUUUUUUUGUUUAAUCCUAUGGGUAGUCCUCGCACAAUACAUGUAUGAAUGUACUCUUUGACCAAUUGGAAUAGGUAAACUGUCUCAGGUAUUUAUGAAUAAGAAUUAAUUCAGGUUUUCUUAUAUAGAUAACUAAUUGUAUUACAACAUCUAC